AUGCAGGUUUCUCAAGCUGCAGCCGACUUGAAGCAGUUCUGUUUGCAGAACGCACAGCACGAUCCCCUGUUGACAGGAGUAUCUUCAAGUACAAAUCCAUUCCGACCCCAGAAAGUCUGCUCCUUUUUGUAACAUGGUGAAAUACCAUUGUAUCUUUCAGUGAUCUUUUAACACCUUUUUGUAGCUGCAGAUAUGUAUUGGGGUGGAGAGUGCCUUAAGGAGUGCCUUGAUACAAAGUCCAUGCAAAAGCUUAGCUUCAGUGUGCCAAAUUUAACUGUAAAUUGCUACUGUUGUCAAACCUCUUACCAUCUACCUCUCCAAAUGAACUUGCAAUAAAUUCUGUUUCAUGAAGGAAUCAGUUUUAUAAUGCCAUGCAAAAAAAUAAAAAUGUUUUAACUUA